AUGGGCGGCCAGGCUGAAGGCCUGUUUCCCGGAGGUGGCGGAGACGGAAUUUUGAGACUUCGCAAUCGGGCACUGCAGCCCGUCUUCACUAUGCUGGAAGCAGGACCACCACAACCACAAGCCGCCGCCGCGGUGACUACCGUGGUCUGCCCCGGCCCGUUGCGUCAACGCGACCCACCAAUCUUCAGCGGUACCGAAGACCAUGACGUAGAAGACUGGCUCGCUGUCUACGACCGGAUCAAGGAGUUCUUCUGUAAAGAGGUGGCUCAUCAGCUUUCUCUGAUUCCACUUACACAGGGCCAGUCGAGUUCUCCGUUGGCGCCGGCUCUCCAAUCUGUCAUCAUAGAGCAGAAUGGUAGCAAGAUCGACGCCGUUCUCGACGCCGACGGUGGCAGAAGGGACCGAAAGAGGAUCCGAUGCGUCACUUAUGGCGACGUAGAAGCCGCGCUUUACAAGUGGUUCGUGGACGCGCGAUUGAAGAACAUCCCGCUCAGUGGACCCAUCAUUCUGGCGAAGGCCAAGGACUUGGGCUUCGCUCUCGGCCACGAAGACUUGCAGCUAGGAAAUGGGUGGCUCCAGAGAUUCAAGGACAGGCACAACAUCACAUGCAAAAACAUCGUCAGGGAGGCCGCGUCCGUUGACCAGGGAUCGCUCCAGCAGUGGAUGGCCAAGCACCGCGAUCGUAUCCUUGCGUAUUCCGACAAGGACACCUACAAUGCAGAUGAAACUGGACUAUUUUUCCAACUGCUGCCAUCGAACACUCUCGCGGCCAAGACAGACAAGAACCCGGCCCUACAACAGUGUCGAACCACCAAGCUCAGUUAA